AUGGCUUUCACUGGGGUUUUGAAGAACUCCAUAAAGUUGACGUCUUCGCUGAGAGGGGCACCCUUGCUGGGCUACGCAAGAGCACUACAUUCGACUUCAACUCUUGGUGUCAAAGAAGAUUUUCCAGAAACGACACAUUUUGGUUCCCGGACGGUACCAAAAAGCGAAAAGGAGAAACUGGUAGGAACGGUUUUCUCUAAUGUUGCCUCUAAAUAUGAUGUUAUGAAUGAUGUGAUGUCCAUGGGUGUACAUAGGCUAUGGAAAGACCAUUUUAUCAACAAGCUUGAUGCUGGAAAAAGACCAAACUCAAAAGAGCCUCUUCAUUUUAUCGAUGUAGCUGGAGGCUCGGGAGAUAUCGCAUUCGGCUUAUUGGACCAUGCCGAACAUAAAUUUCACGACAAAGAAUCAGACAUGCAUAUUGUGGAUAUAAACGCUGAUAUGUUGAAAGAAGGUGAAAAAAGAGCAAUGAACCAGGGCAAAUAUUUCAACGAUCCGCGUGUCAAAUUUUUGGUUCAAAACGGAGAAACUCUAGAUCAAAUAGAGUCCAACUCUAAAGACGUCUACACCAUUUCUUUCGGUAUUAGAAACUUCACGAACAUUCAGGCAGGACUCAACACAGCCUUUCGUGUUCUCAAACCAGGUGGAAUUUUUUACUGUUUGGAAUUUUCCAAGGUCGACAACCCCAUCGUCGACACUGUGUAUCAACAAUGGUCCAAAGUGCUGCCAGUCAUGGGUUCGCUAGUUGCCAACGACUACGACUCUUACCAGUACCUGGUGGAGUCAAUUCAAAAGUUUCCUGAACCAGAAACCUUCAAAGGAAUGAUCGAAAAGGCUGGGUUUCAAUGUGCAGGUUACGAACCGCUCACAUUUGGGGUUUGCGCCAUUCACUGGGGUAUAAAAACCUGA